GUGUGUGUGUGUGUGUGUGUGUGUGUGUGUGUGUGUGUGUGGAGGCUUCCGCUGCAGCAGCCGUGUUGCUCACUGUUUCUUUAUCCUGUGGUAACUCCUGCAGUUGUAACAGGUUAUCUUAAAGCGGCUGUGACGACGACGAUGAUGAUGAUGAUGUGACUGUGGUAGAGUUCAGUACAUUCAGACCAGCUGUAAACCCUGCCGUGAUGCAUUCACUGGCUCAGGAGAUCCAGGGCUUCUCCAAGAACCGCCUGAAGAAACAGUGCACGCGUGUUACCACGGUGACGGGCAGGAGGCUGCUGGAGAGGAGGGGUGAUGGAGGAGAGGAGGAGGAGCAGGUUGAAGAGCUGGAGGAGGGAGAUGGAUGUGGAUUUGUAGAGGAUAACAGUCUGGACCUUCAAGUUGGUGUCGUUAGACCCUUCCUGCUGCUGGCCUCUCAGGAUGCGGCCCACGACAUUGACACCCUGCAGAGACAUAAGGUGUCUCAUGUGCUAAAUGUGGCCUAUGGAGUCAAUAACCUGCUCCCAGAUCAGCUGGUUUAUAAGACUCUGCAGAUCCUGGACCUCCCAGACACCGACAUCACUUCAUAUCUGGAGGAAUGCAGCUCCUUUAUAGAUCAGGCACGAGCACAGGAAGGUGUGGUGCUGGUCCACUGUAACGCGGGGGUAUCGCGCUCCUCCUCCAUCGCCAUUGGCUACCUGAUGUUGAGGGAGGGGCUGUCGUUUGAUGACGCGUACGGCCAGGUGAAGCUGGCGAGGCCCUCCAUUCGCCCCAACCCCGGCUUCUAUCAGCAACUACAGAGCUACAAACCUUAAAGCUGCAUCAACUAUUUCUUCUGGUCCACUUGGAAAACACACACAUCACAUAUCAUCACCCUUUAAGUUACUGAAGUCAACCUGUUAGCAAACAGUCGCUUAUUUACACAUGCAAGCUCUAUAGUCACUCUCCUUCAAGCUCUGUUUUGGUCUCCACCAACUCCUGAGGGAAAUAUCUGGCUCUUUAUCUGCGAGAUGUUCCACUGUGUUUGGCUAACUGUGUCUGUCUGCUUAGCAGGAUGUGUUCAGUGGCUUUUUAGAGUAAGUAUCAUAAACGAGGGAACCAGGGCGAUGUUACCACCCGUUCUCAAAGUCGUCACAUACCGCCGCUUUAGGGGGAGUGGUCAGUUAUUUUGACAUCAGCACAAAAAGGCAUCCUUUCACGGUGGUAUGAUACAUCACCGGGCAGCAUCAGUGCAUAACGCCACUACGUUAUAAUGCCGCGUGUCAAAAAAUGUAAAUGCACAACCCCACAUCGGCAGUGGCUAGAUGCACGUCAGCGCUCCUGGACUCGCUGCCCCACGCCACUUGACGCCACUGUCCUAUUUCCAGCCUCUCUGGCCCCAAAAUUAAAUGCAUUUUUCCCUCACUCGUACCCUGCUUGUACACACCAGCUCCCACAGCAGCUCCUUUUCUCUGCUCCUCUGGCAGCUCAACUCCUCACUACUGGUGUAUAAAGAGAACUCUGUAUCUGUUGCUGUGUCUCGUGUGAGACAAAGAAUAUAUGAGAUGAGACUCCUCGUUGAGGUCGAGAAAUAUCCCGAGCUAAACGACCCACAAUGCCGAUAUUAUAAAGACAGUGGCCAAAAAGAUAAUCCCUGGUGAGUCACAGCUCUUCAGGUGAGACAUCAAGUUUAAUUAGCAGCUGUCCACACAUGAUUUUAAGCUAACACAGAGGUGGAGAAGGUGAAAGUAGUAAUACAUUUGUGUGGUCGUCUGUUGACAAGCUGCAGCGCGACGUGUCCAGUCCAUGCCUGGGCAGCUUGAAAGUCCCUACAGGGUGAUAAGGAAGGGCAGUGGAUGAGUCAAACACACACCGGACUUUCAGCCAGGAGCCUGCUGUUUGCUUCCUGUGUGAAUGUUGAGCCGAACCAUGACGUUUUUUUUCCCAAACCUAACGUGUUUCUGUUGCACAAGGAAAUAAACAUAAAUACGACUCUGUACAACAUCAGUACGGUGAUGCGGUGACUUCAUCUCAUAGCCUUCCUCACCGUAUGGAGCUGCUCAUGUCACAUAAUUUCUAUACAUGUGAUAGAUGUGUUGUUUGUGUGUGCCAUAUGUAUGUUCAUCCCCAGUGUGCAUGCAUGUGCUGAGUGGGCCCUUUAUAACCAUCUGUGAUCUUUUGUCUAAAAAUACAGCCAGUCAGUGAAACACUGCGUCUGCCUCUCGCUGCACAGACAGCUUUGUUAACUGAUUUUCUAUUAGAUCAGCUCUCACUUUCUUUGCAGCAUGGAUUGUUUUCUAAUUAAAGAUGUACCACUUUUUUUCCGGA